GCCCCACGUUGCCGUUUGCAGAUCUAGGCCGAAAUGGCUUCGUUGUCCUCUCAAGAUUCUCCGCGUUAUCUUGGAUGACGCCUUUAUUCGGAUGAAUAUUUUUGCGCGUCUCCGUGUUCAACUAUACACGGCCGCUACAAUACAUUCUGUAAUCAAGGCGCAAACAAAGCAGCGGUGAGACAUCGCUGGGUACCAUUAUGCUUGCCUUCACCAGAGUUACCUGUCUGUUCUACGUACGCCUCCUCCUCAGCUUUUCAAAUGGCCAUCACUGUCGCAAUGGAUGCAGAAUUCGCUGCAACGAUAUCACGACGGGCGAUUCUGUCCUAUCUACAGCAGACUGGCGCUGCCAAACGUUUUCCCCCUCGUUCUCCGCCUACCACUGUAGAUCAUACCGUCAGAGAGGUCAUCCGCUCUUGGAAUCUCGACAUCCCGGAGAACGUCUAUGAGAGGUACAUUGUCUGCGGUGUCGACAUCGGGUUUGCGGCGUACCAGCACACUCCCUAUGACUUGCAGAUCGCGAUCGCAUUGUUCACUUUCUGUGCAACAAUAUUCGAUGAUCGAACUUGGUUGGAUCCUAAGGCAAUGCGAGAGUUCAUUCCUCGCUUUUGCCUUGGUCAACCGCAACUGCACCCACUCCUCGAUCGUUUCGUCGAAAGCACGAUGAACUUGCGCAAGUUCUUCCCUCUAUAUACCGCCAAUACAAUCUGUUCUGCCGUACUGGAGUAUGCGAAUGAAGAAGUUUACUGCGCCGAGGAUGUCGAUCAGACCAUGCUACGUCCGGGAGCUUGGCAAUAUGUCGAGUAUACCAGACUCAAAAGCGGAAUCCCAGAGCCUUACGCCAUUGGUAUCUGGCCAAGUUCUGUUUGCUCUGAUUUGAAGGAGUAUGUCCAGGCAAUUCCUGAAGCUUUGUUAUUUAUCAAUCACGUCAAUGAUCUCUUCUCUUUCUACAAGGAAACCCUCGAAGGAGACCGGGGAAAUUACAUUAAUCAGUAUGCCCUUGUCCACGAAAGGUCAACCUCGGAAGCCGUAUCAGAUUUGGUGGACAAGUUGGUGUCUGUGGCGGAAAAUGUCAGGAAUAUUCUUGGGGAUGGAAGCGCGAGGGAAGCUUGGGAAGAUUUCGUUUCUGGCUAUACUCAUUUCCAUCUCUAUUGUCCGCGUUACAAAUUGGCUGGAAUCCUCCCAGAAUACUUCUGAAUAGGGCACUGUAUUUGUUAUUUCGAUAUUUAUUGUGAACACAAAUGUCAAACAUAGUUUGGAAUUUAGCUAGUAAAGCAUUCCCGGCAUA